AUGCCUAGUGCAACUGGGCAGAGUUGGGAGAAGUACAAGAAGGAGUUCGUAGACGAUGAAGAGCCCGAGAAGAAGAUCACACCCCUCACCGAUGAGGACAUCCAAGUACUUAAGACAUACGGCGCCGCACCGUAUGCUGCCGGCUUAAGACGUCUGGAAAAACAGAUCAAGGAGAAGCAAACCAGUGUCAACGAGAAGAUUGGUGUCAAGGAGUCAGACACCGGUCUCGCACCACCGCAUCUAUGGGACAUAGCAGCUGAUCGGCAACGAAUGUCAGAAGACCAUCCCCUACAAGUUGCUCGGUGUACCAAAAUCAUUCAAGAUGAGAAGGACCCAGAAAAAAGCAAAUAUGUCAUUAACGUCAAACAAAUCGCCAAGUUCGUCGUCAAACUCGGCGAGCGUGUCAGUCCCACCGAUAUCGAAGAAGGCAUGCGUGUAGGUGUCGACCGAAACAAAUACGAGAUUCUCCUUCCCCUUCCGCCCAAGAUCGAUCCCUCGGUAACCAUGAUGACUGUGGAAGAUAAACCCGAUGUGACCUAUGGUGAUGUCGGUGGCUGCAAAGAGCAAAUCGAAAAGAUCAGAGAAGUCGUCGAAAUGCCACUACUCUCCCCAGAACGAUUCGUGAGUCUAGGUAUCGACCCUCCAAAAGGUGCUCUUCUCUACGGUCCCCCUGGCACAGGCAAAACACUCUGCGCAAGAGCCGUAGCAAAUAGGACCGACGCUACAUUCAUCCGCGUUAUUGGUUCGGAACUUGUGCAAAAAUACGUGGGCGAGGGCGCCCGUAUGGUGCGAGAGCUAUUCGAAAUGGCCAGGACAAAGAAAGCAUGUAUCAUCUUCUUCGACGAAAUCGACGCCAUAGGCGGUGCCCGAUUCGACGAUGGAGCUGGAGGUGACAACGAAGUGCAGCGUACCAUGUUGGAGCUCAUCACCCAACUCGACGGCUUCGAUUCCCGCGGAAAUAUUAAAGUCAUGUUUGCCACAAAUCGUCCGUCAACUCUCGACCCAGCACUCAUGCGUCCCGGUCGUAUAGAUCGAAAGAUCGAGUUCGCACUUCCUGACCUCGAGGGCCGAUCAAACAUCCUUCGUAUCCACGCCAAGAGUAUGUCCGUGGAGCGGGAUAUCAGAUGGGAGCUAAUUUCGAGAUUGUGCCCGAACAGCACAGGAGCCGAACUGAGGAGUGUGGCUACCGAGGCCGGGAUGUUCGCGAUAAGGGCGAGGCGGAAGGUUGCUACCGAGAAAGACUUCUUGUCGGCCGUGGACAAGGUCAUCAAGGGGAAUCUGAAGUUUAGCUCUACGGCGAGCUACGCGCAAUACAACUAG